CCACAGGUGACUUGGUUAACGAUAACGAAUUAGUUAAAUAAACUUUUAUUUAUUUUAUUUUAGUCAUGAAGACGUCGAUAGUGGUUUUAAUUUUUGCUAUUGGCGGUAUUUUGGCCCACAAAGUUCGUUAUGAUAAUCAUAAACUUUACAGGUUGAAUCCAAAAACAAAUGAAGCUUUGGAGCAGCUCAAACAAUUAGAAGAAAACGAUCUUGAAAUUAAAUUUUGGAAUGAUUUGAGAGGAAAAAAUCAUUUUGUUGAUAUUUUGGUUCCUUCGGAGAAAAUUGAAGAAUUCGAAAAGUUCGUAAGAGGAUUUGAAAUUGAUUUAAAAUUAAUUAAUACAAACAUACAAGAAGUAAUAGAUGCUGAAAAAACUAAUAAAAGAAGCACUGGAAUGAGCUGGACUGCAUAUAAUAGUUUAGAAACGAUAGUUGAUUGGAUGGACUCUUUGGCCACUGAAUAUCCGGAUAAAGUCACAAAAAUAACAGUUGGUAAAACUUAUGAAGGAAGGGAUAUAAAUGGAGUAAAAUUGUCAUUUAACUCAAAUAAUACUAACAAUGCUGUAUUUAUAGAAGCCAACAUACACGCUAGAGAAUGGAUUACUUCAGCUGUUGUUACAUGGAUUUUAAAUGAAUUUCUAACCAGUACUGAUGCUGGAGUACGGAAUCUUGCUGAAAGUCAUGAUUGGUACAUUGUUCCAGUAUUAAAUGUAGAUGGUUUCCAAUACACAAAAACUACAGACCGCAUGUGGCGCAAAACCCGAACCCCUUAUGGAAAAUGUUAUGGCGUGGAUCCAAAUAGAAACUGGGGAUACCAUUGGAAUGAAGGGGGUACCAGUAAGAACCCUUGCUCAGACAGCUACCUCGGCCCAGCCCCAUUUUCAGAAGAAUGUACACGUACAACAUCUAAAUACCUUUCUACAAUUGCAGAUAAACUUAUUGGAUACAUUGGAUUUCAUUCGUAUUCUCAAUUGUUGUUGAUUCCUUAUGGACACUCUCCAGCUCAUGUGGAAAACUACGAUCAAUUAGAAGAAAUCGGUUUGAAGGCAGCCAAAAGCUUGGCAAAACGUUAUGGAACACAGUACACCGUUGGAAACAUUGUAGAAACAAUUUAUAUUGCAAGUGGAAGUAGUAUGGACUGGGUGAAAGGGAACUAUAAAACACCAGUAACCUAUACAUAUGAACUUCGUGAUACUGGAAGAUAUGGUUUUCUUCUACCAGCCAAACAAAUUAUACCUACUGCUGAAGAGACUUUGGAUUCCUUGGUGACUAUGUUUGAAGAAUAUGAUGCUCAGACCAAACAAAUAUAGAAAUAAUUAUUUUAUCUUGUUAAUAAAGUUUUGACUUUAUAUAUGUGUAUAAUAAGUUUAUAGAAAAAACAAUAGACCUC